ACUCACCUUGGUUCUGCUCCCCGCCCCCCUUCUCCAGGUGUCCAGGUUCUGCUGGUGGACCAGUGGGUAGAGACAGGGGGCACCAUGCAGGGCGCCAUCCAGCUGGUGGAACGGCAAGGUGGUGUGGUGGCAGGAAUCGCUGCCAUCUGCAUCGAGGACAGUGACGGCGGCCGCUGGCUGAAGUCCCGCUACAAGUGGUCCCACUGCGUGUCCCCCCUCCUGAUGCCCCAGUUCAACGCUCACCAGCUGGACUCCUUCCACGCUUUCCGGACGAGCCUCCCCAGCCAGGAGCAGCCGGCAGGGCCCCCGAGCCAGGCCUUCGAACCAGGGGACGGCGGCAGCCCUGCUUAGCCUGGGGAGGCCCUUCCUGCCCCCCUGCACCGGUUCACCCCCUCCGCCCAGCGGCUUCUCCGGUACCGCCAAAUAAACCCCCUAUCAUCCUG